ACACAUCCACAGGCGGCAUGAAAUGACCACCACGGACACCAAGCAAAGAAGUGCAUGUUACAGCCAAAAGAAGCAAGACAACAACGCAAGAAGCCAAGAAGACUAAAGUCAGAGGACAAUGGUGGUGGGGAGGGUGUUCAUGCGGUGGGCAGCUGUGGCGGGAGCAGCAUCGGGAGCAGCGCUGCUGCACCCAUGGAGCGCAUGGGAACCAGCCAGCAAAGGGGAAGAGGGAAGAGGUGGCACCACCACCAUCACACACGGCUGGAUGCGUGGAUGUCGCCUGGCGCACGCAGAAGCAGGCAGGGAUGAUGACGACGGCAAUCAUGACCACGACAGUCACGAGGUGGUCAACUGGUCUGGGACGCACACGGCGUGGCCUCGCGUGUUCGUGGAGCCGAACAGCCUGGGUGAGGUGGAGGACGCGCUUGCGAGAGCACACGCGACGGGCCAGCGGCUGCGCGUUGUGGGCUCGGCCAUCUCGCCAAACGGCCUGGCAUUCAGUGACGAGGGCAUGCUGAGCAUGGUCAACUGCAACCGCGUGCUGUGGGUGGACCCGGACUCGAAGCAGGUGUGCGUGGAGGCCGGCGCACGCGUGGCAGACGUCGUGGAGAAGCUCCGGCCAUAUGGGCUCACGCUGCAGAACUACGCGUCCAUCCGAGAGCAGCAGAUUGGCGGCUUCGUGCAAGCCGGCGCGCACGGCACCGGCGCAGCCAUCCCGCCCGCGGACGACCAGGUUGUUGGCUUCAGCCUCAUCACGCCCGCCCAGGGCACCUUGAGCGUCACACGCGAGUCACACCCGGAGCUGUUUGACCUCGCACGCGUUGGACUCGGUGCGCUGGGCAUCAUGGGCACCGUCACGCUGCAGUGCGUUGAUCACCACCUCCUGACGGAGCGAACUAGCGUCAUCACGCGCGAGGAGGCCCGCCGCGGCCACAAGGAGCGGCUGCGGCGCAACAAGCACGUCCGAUACAUGUGGAUCCCGUACGAGGACGCCGUGGUUGUUGUGGAGUGCAACAACACCACACAUGCCGCGCGGGCACAGGACGAAGCAGAGGCCGAGGAGAAGCAGGCGAGCGAGCACGAGGCAUAUGCGCUGGCGCCACUGCGAUCGCUGCUGCAACAGGUCAACCCGAGCAUCUCCCAAGACCGCAUGCGCACGAUGCACUUUGCGGACCUUCGCGACGCCAUCCUGGCCGCCAACCCUCGAGAUGUUGAGCACGUGAAGAAGUGCAACGCUGCCGAAGCCGAGUUCUGGCGCCGAAACCAGGGCAUCACCAGCGUCGGCUACAGCGACGAGGUGCUUGGAUUUGAGUGCGGAGGGCAGCAGUGGGUGAACGAGGUGUGCUUCCCUGCAGGCACGUUGCAAGCGCCCGACAUGGCCGAUAUGGCGUUCAUGGCAGACCUGCUCGCCCUGAUUGAGGACAACCACGUGCCUGCACCGGCGCCUAUCGAGCAGCGGUGGACGCGCACCUCCACCUCCGCCAUGAGUGUCGGUGGCCCUGGGCCAGGCCGCGUACCGGCACACGAGGACGGCAUCCACGCAUGGGCGGGCAUCAUCAUGUACUUGUGUACGGCAGACACGCGCGAGCGCGAGGCCAUUACGCAAGCGUUCUUCAAGUACAGGCAAUUGGUCGCCGACAACCUUGAUGCCAAGUAUGACGCGUAUGUACACUGGGCCAAGCUUGAAGUCCCAACAGAUCCCGCUGAGCUGCGUGAGUUGAGAGCACGCAUGCGAGAGCGCUUCCCCGUUGACCGGUUCAAUCACUUCAGGCGACGGCUCGACCCACGUGGUGUCCUCAGCAACACAUUCAUCGCCAAACUCUUUGACGAGCAGGAAGACAACGGCACCAGCCACACCUCACCGCAAACAGCGUAGCAGCUGCAUGUGUGUGUGUGUGUGUGUGUGUGUGUGUGUGUGUGUGUGUGUGUGUGUGUG